AUGACCGUCCCAGAUCUAAAUGCGGGUCCCAGUCGCCGGAUAUUCCUCCUCGCUCAGCCCCGGACGACAUCAUACCUCUUAGUCCGAAUGCUGGGGUUAGAGAAACAACCAAAUGUACACUGGGAUGAGGACGAGGUUUGCACAUUCUUCAGGACUAGAAAAUUGAUGACGGCGCUUGGACUCAGCACAAAGCCUGUCACAGAGUGGACCAAGGAUGAAAGAGUCCAUGUCCAAACAAGCUUCCAACAGUGUUUCCACGGCCUUGACCAAUACCUUGCCAAUGGAGAAGCUAAUGGAAAAAUUGUUAUCGCGAAAGAACACUGCAAUUUCCUAUGGAGCCCAUGUACUAGGAUCGGGAUCGAUCACACAUCCUCUGAUGGAUCCUUCAAUAUCACGCUGCCGCCUACGCACGCACCUUCCAACGACGAACCAAUGGGGAACCCUACUGUUCUCCCUACUGAGUAUCUAGGGACAUGGCGGCCGAUAUUUCUGAUCAGACACCCGGCCCUAGCCUUUCCUUCGUAUUGCCGAGGGGUCAUGAGAAUUCAAGAAUCGAACCCCAUACGCUGUGAUCCUGAGUAUUUACUCAAGGACCUACAACUACAGAUGUCCUUCUACUAUACACGCUCUUUGUAUGAUUGGUACAUUAUGUAUUGUGGCCACAAAGGGGACACUGCCAACUCUAUUGCACCUGUGCUGCUGGACGCCGAUGAUAUCAUUAACGAUCCGGAAAUUGUCUGCCGACUUGCUAAGCUACUGGGUCUAGAUGAGUCGAGUGUCCAAUACUCUUGGACUCCGAGGACAGAUAAAGACGCCUUCUAUCUGAAGAAGGCAUUCAUGCAAACACUGAACGCUUCCAGUGGGGUCCAGAAGGAUAAAACAUCUGCGAGUUUGGACAUUGGGGACGAGAUUAGGAAGUGGAAGGUAGAAUUUGGAGAGAGCCUUGGAGAGUUGAUUGAGAACUGUGUGAGUGAAGCGAUGCCGGAUUAUGAGUAUCUCAAGUCCAAACGGCUUCAGUCGGGCUGCGUUCUUUUCUAG